AUGCGGGAGCUGCGCUCGGCCGCCUUCUGGAGGGCCGUGCUGGCCGAGGGGCUGGGCAGCCUCCUGUACGUGCUGCUGGGGCUGGCGGCCCUGCACCCCGGCGUGGGGCUGGCCCAGGGCACGGCCGUGGAGCUGCUGCUCACGCUGCAGUUCGUGCUCUGCGUGCUGGCCAGCUACGACGAGCGCCGCGACGGGCGCCUGGGCUCCGUGCCGCUGGCCGUGGGGCUCUCGCUCACCCUGGGGCAGCUCUGCGGGGUCUAUUACACGGGCGCCAGCAUGAACCCCGCGCGCGCCUUCGCGCCCGCCGUCAUCACCCGCAACUUCGCCAACCACUGGGUGUACUGGCUGGGCCCGCUGCUGGGCGCCGCGCUGGCCGCGCUGCUCUACGAGCUGCUGCUGGCGCCGCGCACGCACUGGGAACCGGGCACCGUGUCCCGGGAACUGGGCAGCGGGCUCCGGUAA